AUGGACCCGAUUCAAGAAGCAAUUGAAUAUAUUGAAUCGCGUGAGGCUGGAGAUGUUGAUCGAACAACGCUGUCGCGGCGGCACAAGGAGCAGGAGGUUGUUAGUCACAUAGACAGAGCUAUAAGAGAUGGUCUACCGCCUACAGGUAGUAUUUUGAAGAACUUCGGAUCUGCUGUUGCGCAGCAAGAGGUCUCCGAUAGCUGGGUUAAGCGGUUUCGCCGUCGUCAUCCCGACAAGCUCAUCACCAAAUGGGACACCGGUAUCGAUCGUGAGCGUCACGUAGCUGACAGCAAGUAUAAGUACGAGUUGUACUUCAACUUGCUGCACUCUAAGAGAGUAGAACACGGGAUUGACGAGCGCAAUACGUACAAUAUGGAUGAGAAGGGCUUCUUUGUCGGUAUCGCCAACCGCAGAAAGAGGAUCUUCUCCAAGGCAGUUUGGGAGGCGGGAGAGCGUACCUAG